AUGUCAACCAGCUCAGCCUCUGGUUUCUCUAUGCCCAUAGCCAUUGUUGGCUCUGCUUGCAGAUUCCCAGGUGCUUCCUCCACACCUUCCAAACUAUUCGAUCUUUUGAAAGAACCUCGAGAUGUGCGUCGGGAGUUCAACCCGGAAAUUCUCAACUUGAAGCGGUUCUAUGACUCCAACCCCGAUGCUCCUGGAUCUACCAGUGUGAAGAACAAGGGCUAUCUAUUGGCUGAAGAUACUCGACUUUUCGAUGCUGCUUUCUUCAAUGUUAGCCCCUAUGAGGCAGAGAGCAUGGACCCUCAACUACGUAACAUGCUGGAAACCACCUACGAAGCCUUUGAGAGCGCUGGUUAUACGCUUGACCAUCUACGAGGCUCCAAGACAUCUGUUCAUAUAUGGAGACGAUCCCCCCUUUACGCCGGUACCGGUGUGGCUCGCAGCAUUCUCUCCAACCGUAUCUCGUAUACCUUCGAUCUUCAUGGACCGUCGGUCACGCUGGACACUGCCUGCUCCAGCUCAUUGGUAGCGUUGCAUAAUGCUGUACAAGGACUUCAAGCUGGCGAUGCUACUUGCGCUGUGGUUGGAGGUGUCAAUAUAAUUCUCGAUCCGAUGCUGUACGUCAUGCUGUCCAAACUCCAUAUGUUAUCACCAGAUUCUCAGUCCCGAAUGUGGGACAAGACAGUAAACGGCUAUGCCCGUGGUGAAGGUGCAGCAGUCGUGGUUCUGAAGCCUCUUGAUCAAGCUAUUCGUGAUAACGAUCAUAUCGAAGCAAUUAUCCGCGGCACUGGUGUCAAUUCUGAUGGCCAGAGCGCCGGUCUUACCGUGCCUACCGUGGCCGCUCAGGCAGAAUUGAUCCGAGAAACAUAUCAUCGUGCUGGACUUGAUCCCAUCAAGGAUCGGUGCCAAUACUUUGAAUGCCAUGGUACCGGAACACCAGCAGGUGACCCGGUUGAGUCGCGUGCAAUCUACGAAGCGAUGAUAAGAGACAGGGAUUCUGGACCAUCAGCUCCACUGUACGUCGGAUCGAUCAAGACAUUGAUCGGGCAUCUCGAGGGCGGUGCUGGAUUGGCAGGGGUCUUGAAGGCCCUUCUGUCUAUCAAGCAUAAGACCAUUUUCCCAAACCUCCUUUUCAACGACCUUAACCCUGUUAUUGCGCCUUACUAUGACGGGUUCCAGAUUCCAACUUCUGCUCUGCCGUGGCCUGAGCUGCCUUCAGGAAUACCUUUGCGCGUCAGCGUGAACAGUUUCGGCUUUGGAGGUACCAAUGCGCAUGCCAUUCUAGAGAGCCAUGAACCACAAGGUCGCAAUGGCCUUAUAGUGGCCACACAGCCUAGCGGUGCCCACCUGAACCCAUUUGUUCUCUCUGGUCACUCUCCAUCAGCCCUCCUAGGAAAUGCCCAGGCGCUGCUGAAAUAUUUGAUUGAUCAUCCCUUGGCUCAUCUACGUGACCUGAGCUGGGCUCUUCAGAGUAGACGAACUGCCCAUCGCGUGCGAACAUUCUUCACGGCGCAAACACACCAGGAGCUGAUCGAAGACCUUGAAAAAUUCCUUUCACAGCAUCGAAAGUCCGCAAAGAAGGAUGAAGUUGGCAUCCGCUAUCGACUUGCUGACAAGAAACCACGAGUUUUGGGAGUUUUCACCGGACAAGGCGCUCAGUGGCCUACCAUGGGCCGCAGUUUGCUUGAGAGAUCUCCGUUAUUCCGCCGUGUUCUUGAGGAAUGCGAUGACGUUCUUCACGUCCUGUCGGACGGGCCAGAUUGGUCUUUGAUCGAAGAAUUAUCGAAAGACUCUUCGAGCUCACGCGUGGGUGAAGCACUCAUCUCUCAGCCACUCUGUACAGCUAUCCAGCUUGGACUCGUUGAAGUGCUGAAUGCUAGUGGUGUUCACUUUGAUACAGUCCUAGGUCAUUCCUCUGGUGAAAUUGCUGCGGUUUACUCUUGUGGAAUGAUUGAUGCUGCUGCUGCAAUGCAAAUCGCCUAUUACCGAGGCAAAUACGCUCACUUAGCUCACGGUACCAAUCAGCAGGCCGGUGGAAUGAUCGCUGUCGGCAUUAGUCAAGAAGAUGCCCAGUUGUUUUGUCAACAACCUGGAUAUCAAGAUCGUAUUGGUGUGGCGGCUAGUAACUCGCCGCAGAGUGUCACGCUUUCAGGUGAUCUCCAGGCCAUAGAGCAGGCGAAGGAACAUUUCGACCAGGAGAAGAUCUUCGCACGUCAGCUCAAGGUUGACACCGCAUAUCACUCAUACCAUAUGGAGCUUUGCUCCGAAGAUUACUUGAAGGCUCUCAGAGCUUGUGACAUUCGCGUUCAACCUCCAAAGUCUAGUUGCUUGUGGUUAUCCAGUGUUGAUGGAAACACGGAACUUCUACAAGGCGACUUGGAAUCCCUGAAGGGUCCCUACUGGGUUCAGAACAUGUUGCAGACAGUCCUGUUUUGCCCGGCCGUCACAUAUGCUCCUCAAACAGGGGGUUCAUUUGAUCUGGCCAUUGAAGUUGGACCUCAUCCGACACUCCGAGGUCCCACUCUGCAGACUUUGGAACUUGCAUCAGGUGCCACUCCACCUUACCUCGGAACUCUCAAGCGAAACUCAAGCGAUGUUGAUGCAUUGGGGGAGAUGGUUGGUGCCCUUUGGUGCCAUCUUGGCCCUGACUGUGUUAGCUUCGACGGGUUUCAACGAGCCUUCAUGUCCGGGGACGACUUUGGGACGCCCAAGCUCCUGAAGGAUCUCCCUCCCUAUGCCUGGGAUCAUGAUCGCAUUUACUGGUCCGAGUCACGGAUCUCUGCAAAUUACAGGAAGAAUGUUGAUUCUCGUCAUCCACUGCUCGGUCGUCGUGUUUCGGAUGAUACGGAUCGUGAAAUGCGCUGGCGCAAUAUUCUCACGGUCAAAGAACUUCCUUGGACACAGGGACAUUUCAUUUCUGGUGAGGUGCUACUGCCUGGAACGUCUUAUGUCUCCUUAUCCUGUGAAGCAGCGAGACUCAUUGCGGGUGGUAAACCGAUUCGACGGAUCGAGUUGGAGGAUAUCAAAAUCCGUCGCCCAGUGAUUGUUCCCGAUACUCGCGAAGGUCUGGAAACAGUUUUCACGGUGUGCUUAAAGGAUUCGGUAGACCCCAAGUUCAUCUGCGGGGAGUUCUCCUAUCAUUAUUCCGACCCCCAUCUUGGAUCCAUGAGCUAUGCCGGUGGCGGCAGGAUGACCAUUCAUCUCGACGAAGGGAGCGAGCAUGAGCUGCCCCCGUACGCAGCGCCCCGACCAGGCUUACAUCCCAUAGAUAGCGAGGACGGCUAUGAUACAUUCGCUCAGAACGGUUUCAUGUAUACUGGUGCCUUCCGUCGUCUUGAAGAUGUCCAGCGCAGACUUGACUACUCUGUGGCUACGGCCGAGUGGUCGGCUGACGAACUGAUGGGACGCUACACUCUGCAUCCAGCAGUAUUGGAUGUUAGCUGGCAGAAUCUCUUUCAUGCUCGCGCAGACCCCAGAGCGGGUAAGCUUCCGACUGCUAUUCUGCCAGUGGGGAUCAAGCGAGUGGUUGUGAACCCACAUGUGCAACUUACGGAUGUGGAGACGCUCAGUAUCAGAACCGAAUCUUUCAUCACUGCCCGCAACGGCGCCGGGAUUGUUGGUGACGUCCACAUCUACAGCUCUUCUGGAAAAGCAGCGGUGCAGAUGGAGUCUGUGUCUGUCGAGCCUGUGGCCCCACCGACCGAGGAGCAAGACCGAAAGAUGUUUUUCGACAUAAUAUAUAAAGCGGAUCCUUCACUUUGCCUCACAGAGCCGACUCACGAUCUGAAACGGGCCCAGCAUGUUAAAGAGCUGUCGACUGAUAUCGAAAGAGCGGUUCUUUUCUACGUGCGGGGAGUACUAGAAGGAUUGACUCCCAGCGACCGGUCGGGGUUGUUGUGGUACCACAAGCGAUUGAUUGAAUCUUUUGAGAGCUCUGUGAAAUUGAUCGCGGAAGGGCGUCAUCCUCUGGCCGAGAAGAGUUGGCUUGCCGAUGGACCAGAAAUUCUGGACAUGAUCAUGACUAAAUGGUCUGGUUCGGUUGAUCUUGAAUGUAUCCGCCGCGUCGGAGAACACAUGCUUGAGUAUCUGAAAAAGAGAACUUCGCUGUUAGAAGUGCUCAUGAAGGAUGACUUGGCCACCCGUCUAUACAGCGAGGGAUGUGGUCUUGCUGAUGUCAAUGGAGGCAUGGCUGGUGUUCUCGAGCAGAUUGCCCACAAGUUCCCACAGGCAAGAUAUAUCGAAAUUGGCGCUGGUACUGGAUCAACGACUGAUUAUAUUCUGCGAGCUGUCGGCAAUGCCUUUUACACAUACACCUUCACAGAUAUAUCUCCCGCUUUCUUCGGCGAUGCGGCUGACAGAUUCGGUGAUUUCCGUGAUAAGACCAUUUUCAAGACUCUUGACGUGGAGAAGGAUGUUGGCCCUCAAGGGUUCCAGAAGCAUGCUUACGAUGUUGUUGUUGCUUCUAACGUCCUUCACGCCACGGCUCACAUUAAAGAUACGCUAAAGAAUGCACGCUCGCUACUCAAGCCGGGCGGUUUCUUGUUCCUCGUCGAGAUCACAGGCACAAAAAUGAUGCGAACCACUUUCUGCGUCGGAGGUCUAUCUGGAUGGUGGUUGGGUGCAGGUGAAGGGCGAAGAAUUCAUCCUGGAUUGACCACUGAAGAAUGGCAUAGUGCACUUCAGGAGACGGGCUUCUCCGGUGUUGACUUGGCAUUCCACGAUAUCCCCGACUCUACCCAGCACUGCAUGUCCCUCAUGGUAACUCAGGCCGCCAACGAUACAAUUCAGGUGUUGCGUGAACCACUUGAAUACAUCGAUGAGAUUCCUGAGGUAAAGUCUCUUCUGAUUGUUGGUGGAAAGUCGCUGGCAGUGUCUAAGACAGUGAAUUCCAUCCAACGGCUAGUCGGUCGCUCAUGGGGCGGUCGCACAACUCUCUCCAGCGAUCUUGAAUCCAUUGACUUCUCUCGCGUUGGAAGCCAGGCAGACGUCAUCUUCCUCCAGGAGUUAGACAACACUUUGUUCUCGGAAUCAAUCACUCCUACAAGGGUGAAGGCACUGCAGACAAUGGUUGUUUCCGCCCGCAAUGUGCUAUGGUUGACCACCAAGAGGAGAACAGAUAGCCCUCAUUCUAACAUGAUGGUCGGCAUGGCAAGAGCGAUCAGCAAAGAGCUGCCUCAUGUUAAUAUACAGUUUCUAGAUUUGGACUCGUUCACUAGCCCAUCAUCGACGGCUCGAACCAUCUUAGAGACUUUCUUGCGAUUGAAGGCGGUCUCGGCUCAUGAUCAUGACGAAAGUCCAAUUUUGUGGCCAGUUGAGCGGGAACUCGUCGUGGAGGGAUCUGAUACGCUUGUUCCCCGUGCGCGACCGGACCAAAAGCUCAAUGAUCGCUACAACUCCAGAUACCGAUCGAUGAGGAAGCCAAUGAGCAAUGUCAAUGCUCCCAUCGGCCUCACCCGUCAAAGAAACAAGCUCGCGCUGACUGAAUCAGUGCUAGAGCCGUUGUUAGGUGCAAUUUGGAGUUUGCUUGUCAGGGUCCAAUAUUCCCUUUCCAUUCCAAAUGGCCAGGGCCAGGCACUCUACCUUAGUGUCGGUCGUGUUAUUGAUUCCAAUAUGCCCAUUCUGGCUGUUUCGGAAAGUAACACAUCUACCAUCAGCAUUGCCAAAGAAAAUGUUGCCUUCAUCGAUGAGAAAGACUGCAGCUUGGAGGUUCUCGAGCGAGUUGCUGACCAGAUCAUGUUGAUCGGACUUCUCAGCUCUGCGCAAAAGGGCCACUCCGCUCUCAUUUAUCAUCCGAGAGCAGGCCUGGCUGCAUCCUUCUCUGACGAGGCGCGCCGAUUUGGACUACACCCUCUGUGCGCAUCAUCUCGUAGCCCAAUCCAACUUGACUGGAUCAGCAUCCACCCGCACAGCUCUGUUCGUGCUGUACAACGUUUGAUUCCCCAGAAUAUUUCAGUCUAUCUCGACUGUUCGGCUGCUUCAACUUCGGAAUCGCCGACUAUUCAGUCCGCGUUACCAGCGGGAUGCAGCAUUCACCGAUGGGACACUCUCAAGGUUGCAUAUGAAACCUUGUCUGGUUGCCUGGCCAGCCCCACUAACGGCAAUGCGCUGGAAUCUGAGAUUGAGGUUCUGAACAUUGAAAACAUUGCUAGCGCCGAUGCAUCUAUUCUGGAUCAACCUUAUAUCAUCUCCUGGGAGACAGCUCAGCCCUUGAGUUUGCUCGUACAGCCUCUGGACACAUCAAUCCUGUUUGACAGGGCAAAGACGUACCUGAUGAUUGGCAUGGCCGGCGGGCUUGGAAUUUCGGUCUGUGAAUGGGCUCUCAGACAUGGGGCUAAGCACCUAUUCAUUACUAGCCGGAAGCCGGACAUCCAUCCAGAAUGGUUGGCACAAACUAAAAGGCUGGGGGCGAAAGUCCAUGUGCAGGCAAUGGAUGCGGCCGACCAAACAUCGUUGGAGUUCACUAUCUCUGUUAUUCGAGAGACCUUACCUCCGAUUGGUGGUGUCUGCAAUGCAGCCAUGGUCCUCACGGAUAGACUGUUCGUGGAUUUGGAUGUAGACGCUAUGGUCGACACUUUCCGUCCCAAGGUGGACGUUGCUAAGUAUCUGAAUGAUAUAUUGGCAGACACCCCUCUGGACUUUUUCAUCAUGCUCUCCUCGAAUCUUGCCAUUACUGGUGGACAGGGAUCGGGCAAUUAUGCUGCUGCCAAUAUGUUCAUGACUGGGUUGGCAGCUCAGCGCCGACUCUCUGGACGGCCAGCAUCAGUGAUCCACAUUGGAUAUGUUGCUGAUGUUGGUUACUUUACGCGUGUCGACAAGAGCAGCAGAGAAUAUGCCGGCAGAAUGCAUUAUGCUCCUCUUUCUGAAACUGAUAUCCACCAUGCAUUUGGGGAGGCUAUUCUGGCCGGUCGGCCCAACAGUGAACGUUCUUGCGAGAUUGGUGUUGGAAUUGAGCCACUUGAAGAGGGUCAGGAACCCGUUUGGUCAUCGGAUCCUCUGUGGUCGCACUACCUGCCACAAAUCCAAGUCCAUGACAAGAAGGAUGGUCCUCAAUAUGGUCGUGACAACAUUAAGACCCAAAUUCAAGAUGCCGAGACAGAGGCUGAAGUGGGUACGGUUAUACAGGAAGCGCUUUGUAACAAGAUUGAAACAACUUUGCAGCUGUCAGCCGGCGGUGUCGAUCGUGAUGUCCUCCUCACUGAGUUGGGCAUUGAUUCCCUGGUCGCUGUAGAGAUCCGAGGAUGGUUUGCAAAGAAUAUCGGUAUCGAUGUCCCGGUCGUGAAGAUCUUGGGAAGAAGUUCCGUCUCCCAGAUCUGCACAGACGCAGCAAGGGAGAUCAUGUCAACAAAAGUGGAGACACCCCCUAGGAAUGUGGACCCUGAGGGAGGAACAUCCAGUGAAUCUCGAAAAUCCUCAGAAAGCAAUUCUGAUGAGGCUUCUCAAUCAGGAGAUGUGACUCCGCCCAGCACAGACAAUGAACUGGAAACUCCUGAACACGACAAUGUCAAAAUUGACCAUGAGGCGGAAAAGGAGCAAGAGCAGGUGAGCUCUGUUGUUGUGGCAGAGCCUGUUGCAGAUUUUGGUAAGAACAUAAUUCAUACCGAGCGAAUGUCCGCGGCACAGUCGCGAAUUUAUGUGCUGUCUAGUCUGAUGAACGAUCCAACUGCCUACAGUCUGAUGAUCCGAUACGAUAUCGAUGACAAUCUGGAUAUCGACAGACUGCGAAAUGCUUUGACGACUACUAUGCAGUACCACGAGUGCCUUCGCACCUGCUUCUUUGCUCGUCGCGAAGACAAUCAACCCACGCAGGGUGUCCUGUCGUUUCCUGUUCGCCGCUUCAAGCACCUCCCGAAUGCCACAGAGAAUGAUAUCGAUCAAGAGUUGGAGGCGGCCAGAACCAAAGUUUGGGAUAUUGAGCAUGGGGAAACAUUGAGUUUGACAGUUUUAUCGAGAGAUUCUCGGUCACACACCUUAGUCUUGGGCUAUCAUCACAUCAUAUUGGAUGCAUCUGGCAUGCGUCGGUUUAUUCGGGAUCUGAACGCUGCCUACAACAUGCAACCGUUGAAGCCGAGUGGCGGAACAUGCAUAGAGUUUGCUCGCAGUGAACAAGAGAGUUUACAGUCUGGCGCAUUGAAGAGUCACUUGGCGUACUGGCGCAAGGAGUACUCUCCUAUUCCCGAGGUACUUCCACUGCUUCCGAUGGCGAAGGGCAUAGUCCGUCCAGAGACCCAGCGAGUCGAGACCGUUCACGCAUCUCGCGUGAUUGAUGAAGAUAUGGUCGUCGCUGUCAAGCAAGCAUGCCAGGUACUCGGCACCACAGCCUUCCAAUUUUAUCUAGCCGUUGUUCAGAUCUUGUUGGCGCAGUCUCUGAAUUUGGAAGAUCUAUGUAUCGGGGUGGCCGACGCUAAUCGCCCAAAUGCUGACUUCAUGGACACUGUUGGAUUUUUCUUGAACCUGCUGCCAGUUCGCUUCAAUGUCCACUCCAGCAGCACUUUUGCUCAGGUCGCUCAGAAUACUGCCCGACAGAUGGGCACUGCCUUUGAGAAAUCUGUCCCGCUUGAUAUCUUGCUGGACGAGUUGAAUAUUCGUCGUUCUUCAUCUCACACACCCCUCUUCCAGGUCUUGGUUAACUACCGAUUGGCAAUGACCAAGAGCAUACCAUUCGGAAAUAGCUCUCUCACGAUAAUUGAUGGAGAAGAGGGCCGCAAUCCUUACGAUAUCACUUUCAGCUUCCUGGAGUCUCAGUCUGAAGGUCUGGGGGUUACAAUGGAUUGUUUGGAAUCUCUGUACGGUGUUCAUGGGACUGAGAGGAUUAUCGACAUGUAUAUGCAUCUGUUGAAACAGCUGGUGCAUAAUGUGAAUACCACGGUCAGCGAGUGCCAGAUUUAUGAUUCUGAAGCCAUCUCAACUGCUCUCAAACUUGGACAAUGCGAGAAAAAAGAGACUGGCUGGCUUUCCACCGUCUCGGAAAAGGUUCAAACAAUUUGCAAUUCAUUCCCAGAGAAGAUCGCUAUCCGGGAUAGAUCUUUUGAACUCACGUAUCAACAGCUAACCUCCCGUGUGCAUUCCAUUGCGGGAGCACUCCGUGAUGUGGGUCAAGGUACCGGCUCUCGCAUUGCGGUUUUAUGUGAGCCCUCGAAUGACUUGAUAGCCUCACUCCUCGCUAUCCUGCAUAUUGGUGCCACAUAUAUUCCGCUGGACGUCAGUCUCCCUGCAUCUCCACACGCGGAGAUAAUCUCUAGCGCCCAACCAAGCGUGAUCAUCUGUGAUGAGAGUACAAGCGACGCAGCCAAGGAACUCGCACCCGGGAUUCAAGGAAAUGUACCCGUCUUAUCUCUGGAAACGGUUCGCACUGUCAAUGAACUAGUUCCCUGCGCAGCGCAACCCAACUCUGCAGCAUUCAUUUUAUAUACCAGCGGAACGACGGGCAAACCAAAAGGCGUGGUACUUUGUCAGGCCAGUGUGACUAACUGGCUCGCGCAUGCGAUUGGGGAAUAUGGUCUUGAUACAGCGCCCGCGCCCAUUCUCCAACAGAGCUCUCUGGGAUUUGACAUGUCUCUAAUUCAGAUAUUCUGUGCUCUCUGCUCUGGAGGUACUCUCGUUAUUGUGCCUCAGGAGUCCCGCCGAGACCCUUCUGAGAUUACACGACUAAUUAAAGAGAAUUUAAGACUCGCUGAGGGGUGUACCGGAUGGCGCUUGGCCUGGCUCGGCGGAGAACCAUUCCCUGUGCAAUUCAAACGCGAGAUUCAACGACUGGAACUUCCCAAUCUCACAGUUUUUAACGGAUACGGUCCUACCGAGGUUACUUUUACUGCAACAUCCAAGUCUGUUUCUCUCGACACUGAGGAGAAAAGUGACUUCGGAAGUCCGAUUGGAAAGCCUCAGCCCAACUAUUCAAUCUGCAUUCUGGAUGCAAAGUCCCAGCCUCUCCCAGUGGGAUUCCGUGGUGAGAUUUGUAUUGGUGGUGCGGGUGUUGCUCUGGGCUACUGGGAUAUGUCUGUUGAGACUGAUCAAAAAUUCAUUCCAGACCCAACCAAAGGCUCUGUGGAUGGAUCGGUAGCAACAGGCAAAUGGUACCGAACUGGUGACCAGGGCUGCUUAAAACCUGACGGCAGCGUGAUUUUUCUCGGGAGACUCGGAGGAGACACGCAGGUGAAGGUUCGAGGCCAAAGGAUCGAACUCGCGGAGGUUGAGGGUGCUCUGUUAGAAUCAGGAGAGUCUCUGCUAUCCACAGCAGUGGUCACUUUCCGUGAUGGUGACCUUAUCGCUCAUGUCAUCCCAAAUGCCGAAAAGGAAAUCGAUCAUGAUUUGUUGCAGAGAAAGUUGUUGACGGAUCUGGAUCUCCCUCAGUACAUGCACCCAGCUCGAUUUUUCAUUGUGAAUGAACUACCCAGAGCAAACUCGGGAAAGAUUGAUCGUCAGGCCGUGAUGAAUCUACCACUGGCUGGGAGAAGUGAGACAUCUGGUGGAUCCACUUCUGAGUUGAGCUUCCGAGAAGUGGAACUGAAGCUUCUUUGGAGUCGCGUGCUACCGGAUCCAUAUCAAGUUCUCACUGCUGAGUCCGACUUCUUUCUUGAAGGAGGCAGCUCGCUUCGACUAACGAAAUUGCAAAAUGAGAUCAAAGAAACCCUGGGAGUCUCUGUUUCCACUCGCGAACUCUACUCCGCGCCCACUCUUCGAGAAAUGGCGGCUCGGAUAGGAUCUGAAUCCGCCCAGGAUCUAGAUAUAGAUUGGAGCAUCGAAACUGCGAUCCCGGAAAAUCUCAUCCUGGCCUCCAAGCAAACCUCCAAACGUGCAAGGAUACCUACAAAGGAUGCCCUGAAAGUGCUUCUGACUGGCGCUGCAAGUGUUCUGGGCAAUUCAAUUCUCCAUGCACUAAUCCAAGAUACUGCAGUGGACCAGGUGCACUGCAUUGCGGUCUCGCCAGACGAUGAGGAACGGAUACUGAUAUCCGACAAAGUCAUUGCCUAUCCUGGAAACCUGUCCUCAUCCGAUCUGGGCCUCAGUCCAUCCGAGCUCGCGACACUGCAAUUAAAUAUGGACGUUGUCAUUCACGCCGGAGCAAACGGACACUGUCUGAAUAGCUACUCAUCUAUCCGACGACCAAAUGUGGAGUCCACCCAUUUCCUAGCAGGGCUUUGUACUCCGCGCUCUAUCCCUCUCCUCUAUGUCUCUUCUCAGCGUGUCCCAGCUCUAGCGGGCUUGAAUGUUCUUCCACCGGUCCCAGUGCUUGCAGAGCCAGCUAAAACCGGUGACACGGGCUAUAUGGCGUCGAGAUGGGUCAGUGAAAGAUUCUUUCACAAGUUUUCUGAAUACAAUCAUUUCAUGACUGAGAUCCACCGCCCCUGUCUGUUCUUCGGGGACCGCGCGCCGCCCACCGAUGCCUUGAACGGAGUACUCCGAUACACACAACUCAUGAAGUGCAUUCCACGCUUUACACGUGUUCAAGGAUAUGUUGACGUUAAAAAUGUGGACAUCAUUGCUCAUGACAUUGUUUUGUCCGCUAUUUUAUUGGCUGGAGAUACAAGUACAGGCAUUCGUUUCCGUCAUCACUCGAGUGGCCGCAAGGUGACCCUCGAUGAAUGGCCGACCUACAUGCAGGAAUUGUAUGGAGAACCAUUCGAAGUCCUUGAACUAGCUGACUGGAUUGAUCGGGCACGCAAAGCAGGGAUACACCCACUUAUUGCGACGUACAUGGAGGGGGUCAUCGAAAAAGAGGAGUUGGCACUUUUCCCUUACCUGGGAGGGUCUAUGUGA